GCUCCACCCCCUGGACCAGGCCACGCCCCCGGGGCGCUCGGGGCGCGAUGGCCUCGGAGUCUGUGAAGGUAGUGGUACGCUGCCGGCCCAUGAACCAGCGCGAGCGGGAGCUGAGCUGCCAGUCGGUGGUGACGGUGGACAGCGCGCGCGGCCAGUGCUUCAUCCAGAACCCAGGAGCGGCCGACGAGCCCCCUAAGCAGUUCACCUUCGAUGGCGCCUACUUCAUGGACCACUUCACCGAGCAGAUCUACAAUGAGAUCGCCUACCCGCUGGUGGAGGGUGUCACUGAGGGCUACAAUGGCACCAUUUUUGCAUAUGGCCAGACAGGCAGUGGGAAGUCCUUCACCAUGCAGGGCCUGCCGGAUCCUCCCUGCCAGAGAGGCAUCAUUCCGAGAGCCUUCGAGCACGUGUUCGAGAGCGUCCAGUGCGCAGAAAACACCAAAUUCCUAGUCCGGGCUUCCUAUCUGGAGAUCUACAAUGAAGAUGUCCGCGAUCUGUUGGGUGCAGAUACCAAGCAGAAGCUAGAGCUGAAGGAGCACCCCGAGAAGGGCGUAUACGUCAAGGGGCUGUCCAUGCACACAGUGCACAAUGUGGCCCAGUGCGAGCGUGUCAUGGAGACUGGCUGGAAGAACCGUGCGGUCGGCUACACCCUGAUGAACAAGGACUCCUCUCGCUCCCACUCCAUCUUCACCAUCAACAUCGAGAUCUAUGCCGUGGAUGAGCGGGGUAAGGACCACCUCCGAGCAGGCAAGCUCAACCUGGUAGACCUGGCGGGCAGUGAGCGGCAAUCCAAGACCGGGGCCACAGGAGAGAGGCUGAAGGAGGCCACCAAGAUCAACUUGUCACUGUCAGCACUGGGCAACGUCAUCUCGGCCCUGGUAGAUGGACGUUGCAAGCAUAUCCCUUACCGGGACUCAAAGCUGACAAGGCUGCUGCAGGACUCACUGGGCGGCAACACCAAGACUCUGAUGGUGGCCUGCCUGUCUCCUGCUUGCAACAAUUACGACGAGACCCUCAGCACGCUGCGCUAUGCCAACCGGGCCAAGAAUAUCAAGAACAAGCCACGCAUUAAUGAAGACCCCAAGGACGCCCUGCUUCGAGAGUAUCAGGAAGAGAUCAAGAGGUUAAAGGCCAUCCUAGCCCAGCAGAUGGGCCCUGGCCACCUGACAGCCCUGCUGUCCACUCAGACACCCCUGGGCCCUGUCCAGCCCGAGGAGAAGCUUCCGGCCCCUGCUACUGUCCAGCAGGACACGGAGGCUGAGAAACAGCUGAUCCGGGAGGAGUAUGAGGAGCGCCUGGCCCGCCUGAAGGCUGACUACGAGGCAGAGCAAGAGUCUCGGGUCAGGCUGCAGGAGGACAUCACUGCCAUGCGCAACUCAUAUGACGUGAAGCUGUCCACGCUGGAGGAGAGUCUGCGCAAGGAGAAGGAAACAGAGGCAGUUCUCAAGGCAGAGGUCCUCUAUAGGACAGAGGUCAUGUCCAGGGCAGAACUAGCCAAUGGAUCCGAGUGCUCACCAGCUUUGCAGUACGAGACUGCGGUGAAGCCCACCAUCCUCUCCAUGCCCGACGCGCUGCCCAGUGACGAGGUCACCAAGGGUCAAGCCCCCCUCACAUUUGAGGAACUGCCCCAUGUGGAGCCCUCCAGGUCAGAGAUUUCUUUCGGGUCCAAUGAGUCAUCCACCCUCGAAGACUCCUCCACAUCGGAGGCCUUCCCGGGACCCGAGGAGCUGGCCAAUGUGGAGUUCUCCAUGCCUGGUGUGCUAGCUGAAAACAGGUACUUCUCAGGUGAGUACCUCAGCCCCGAGGCUGCUGCAUCUCCGCUGGAGGCAGAAAACUAUGUGCAGGAGGACGAGCUGCCACUGCGGAUAUUGACGGGCCUGCAGGACCCUUUUGCUGAAGUGGAGGCUAAGCUAGCCAGACUCUCCUCAACUGUGGCCAUGACAGACUCAUCCCAGACAGACGUCUUCCAGACAGCUGAGCAGCAGCCAUCCUUGGACCUGCUGGAGCCCAGUGACGAAACCAAGUCAGAAGCUGAGGUGGCUGACAGCCUUCUCUUCGAGACUGAGCCUGAUCUAGGCCUGAAAGUGGCCGAGGAGGUGGUGUCUGAGGCAGAGCCUGGUGUGUGGAUGGAGCCUGAAGCCCACAUGGCCCAGGUGGCUGAGGUGGCCCAGCCUCAGCCUUUGAUGGCCAUGGCAAGCGUGCGAAGGGAGAGUGGAGGUGUGGAGGCAGCUGUGUUGACCGAGGAGCUGCAGCCUGUGGAUCAACAGCGGGUGCUGGCUCGCCUGCAGUUGCUGGAGCAGCAGGUGGUAGGGGGUGAGCAGGCUAAGAACAAGGACCUAAAGGAGAAGCACAGGCGGCGUAAGCGGUACGCAGACGAGCGCAAAAAGCAGCUGGUGGCCGCGCUGCAGAACUCGGACGAAGACGGCGGAGACUGGGUGCUGCUCAACGUCUACGACUCCAUCCAAGAGGAAGUGAGGGCCAAAAGCAAGCUGCUCGAGAAGAUGCAGAAGAAGCUCCGGGCGGCGGAGGUGGAGAUCAAAGAUCUGCAGUCGGAGUUCCAGCUGGAGAAGAUCGAUUACCUGGCAACCAUCCGCAGGCAGGAGCGGGACUCCAUGCUCUUCCAGCAGCUUCUGGAGCAGGUGCAGCCGCUCAUCCGCCGGGACUGUAACUAUAGCAACCUGGAGAAGAUAAGGCGGGAGUCCAGCUGGGAUGAGGAGAACGGCUUCUGGAAGAUCCCAGAUCCCAUCAUCCUGAAAACCAGCCUUCCAGUAGUUCCAACUGGGCCACAGAACAAGCCAGUCCGCAAAACCUCUGCAGUAGACAGUGGCGAGCCACACAUGCAGGAGGAAGACCGGUAUAAGCUGAUGCUGAGUCGAAGCGACAGUGAAAAUAUCGCUAGUAACUACUUCCGGUCCAAGCGGGCCAGCCAGAUCCUGAGCACCGACCCGAUGAAGAGCCUCACGCAUCACAACUCACCGCCGGGCCUCAAUUCCCCUCUGAACAACAACUCCGCGCUGCCGUCCACCCAGACCUCUGAAAUGCCCCAGCCCCGGCCCUUCCGUCUGGAGUCCCUUGACAUCCCCUUCUCUAAAGCCAAGCGGAAGAAAAGCAAAAGCAGCUUCAGUGGGGAGCCUCUGUGACCCAGCUGCCUGCUGCUACCUGCCUUCAGGCUUCUAGAAACUUCUAAGUCCUCCCCCAUGAAACCCCAACCAGGCCUCCUCUCCCCUACUCCACAGUGUCCCCAAGCCCAAGGGGAUUUCAUCCCUGGGAAGACACACUCUCUUCCCUGUUCCCUAGAGAACUCACUCUGCCUCAGGGCCUGAGCUCUGUGGAAGUUGGACUACCCUUCUCAGAGAGAGAGAGAGGCCUGCUCCAGCUGUGCACAGCAGCCAGUGUUCCACUGAUUCUUCUGCCACAGAGCCUACACUAGCCAGUGUGGGUCUGCCUCCAUGGGCUCAGAUGCCCCUGGACUUUCACAUGCAUCCUCAACAUUGAGCCCAGAAGCUGCCACAUGGACAAAGCUCAACAUCUUGGUGACUAAGAUUUGGGCCUCUGUGUGAUGGGCCCCUUCCGGGGAAACCUGUGCCACACAGUGGACACAGAUGGCAACCUGGAGCCAGCUGCUAUGCCUGGCCUACCCUUGGUUGGACCGCAGCCCAGAGAAGGUGCUUUACAGUAAGCUGCCCAAUAAACUGCCUUUUAGAAUAAGCUCCCCUCCCCAACCCUCCGAUGCUUCCUAGGGCCUACCCUGCUGCCCUAGAGAGAGACUGGCAGCAGCUCCAGGGUUUCUGUCACCAGCACAAGUGACUAUAGAAACAAAACCUUGUCUUGCUGAGGCAGAAAUAGC